UGAAGUGUAACCUUAUUCGGUUAAAUAAUUGAACAGUUAGCAAAUCGAUACAGCCAGCGAAGCGAAGCUACGUAAUUUACACAGAAAAGGCAUACUGUAAUAUAAAUAUCGCAGAUUUCCUGUCAUCAUGGCAAGAGGACCAAGUGACUGUAAAGUGUAUGUUGGAGAUCUAGGCUAUGGAGCAGCCAAGCAAGAGCUCGAGGAUGCAUUCUCUCGCUAUGGGCCACUUCGGAAUGUGUGGAUUGCUAGAAACCCACCAGGCUUUGCCUUUGUGGAAUUUGAGGACCCAAGAGAUGUCAGUGAUGCAUGCAGAGCUCUUGAUGGAACAAAAAUAAAUGGACGCCGUGUUCGUGUAGAGCCAUCCAAUGGGCGUAGUCGAGGGGGUCGCGGUGGGGGUGGGAGAGGGGGGCGUGGUGGUGGUGGUGGGUACAGAGGUGGUGGUGGCGACGGUGGAAGGCGUGGAUAUGAUCGCAGGUCCAGGUCAAGGUCACCCAGACGAUCCCCAAGAAGGACUCCAUCUCCAAGGAGACCUAAUUAUAAGAGCAGGUCUCGCAGUGCAGAUGAAGACAGGCAGUCUAACUCACCAUCACCAGAUAGAAGUUAGAGCCCAAAACUGUUUGAUCAGUGCACAACAGAAGUACCAUUGUUAGUGUGAAUGAAGUACUCAUUCUGAUUGUGAUGUUGCCUCCAGGAGGAAUAGGAGGGCUUGGACUCAGUGGCAUCUUCAUAUCUUCAUAUUGAUUCAGUUUUUAGUUGGAUUUACCAUGGCUGUAUUAUCAUGACAGGAAGCCCAUUUUCCAGUAUCUGCAACAAUUUUCAAUAGAUGCUAUGUUUUUCAUUGGGUAAAUCUAUAUUAUGUCAUGAAUUAAUUCAGUUUUAAAUCAAAUAUUUUUAUUCUGAAGUCAUGAUGAACAUGCUUAAGAUCAUUUUAUAUUAUUAUAUCAUAUAUUGUGUGUAAAAUCAAGUUGAUUAUGUAAAUGAUUACAAUGACUUAAGUACAAUCUUUAAAACUGAUAUGUAUUGCUGUUUAAGUCUUAGAUGUUUUCUGUUUGUUAAGUUAACAUCAUAUCAAAUUUAUUAAGUAGUUUGCCUAAAGUAUAAAUAAUAAAGUUAAUGUCAUAUGUUUGUAUGUGAAUCUAUGUAGCACAUUACGUUCAUAUGUUCUGUUACUUUAUAUUUAAUUUUAUUGGUUUACAGUUAUGGUCAUAAUUCUCUUAAUCAAAUUAUCAUUUUCUCCUUAAAUGUAUUAAGCGUUUUUUGAACACAUUUUUUACUUAAUCUAUUUUAUGAAAGCAAAACAAUGUAAGAAUUUGCAUGUGCAUUUCAUCAUUCAUAUUUUUUGUUUUUAGCUUGACUAUUGGCAGCUUAUACCAAGCUGUUCUACUCACCCCAAUGUCAGCGUAAUGAACAAUACUAUUUCUUGUUCAAAUUUUAGUUUUAAAUGUACAUAUACUGAAUAAUAUUAGACCAUACUGUUGCUAUAUGUAGACUUUAAAGCUUGGCAUGCCUUCAAAACCACCCACUUUUAUAAGUUAAAAAAUGUGUAUUCGGUAUUAUUCUUAUCUUUCUCUAUUUAGAUUAAAAUUUUGUUUUCCUUUUACUGGGUUUAUUAACAAAACAAUUUUCAAAUGUAGAAUCUGAAAAAAAAAUUUAUUCAUUAUGUAUACUGUAUUACAAUAUAAUUGAAUUGACUAGACCUUGACACAGCAUGUGGAUGUAUUUUAUGUAGCAAUUACUGUGUAACUGGUUAAAUAUUUAGUACAGCUAUUGUUAAACUUAAUGCUUCAUGUUUUAGCCACAAUAUAUAAAAGAAAAUUUUAUUGUUUGUGAUAAUUGUAGUCUCCAAUAUUUCCUGUGACGCAAUACUGAAGUGAGUGUAAAUGUUUUCCAUGCUAACAUAUUAAUGUUGUCUGUAAUAAAAAUGUUCAAUAGACUGUAA